UCCAAGAAGAAUGUUGCAGUGAGAAAAAACAUAAUUUGAAAAGGCUUGUGAGAAAAACCUGCCUCUUAUAAGAACAUGAUCGCAGGCACCUCAUGUGUGAGAGACUCCAGUGCUCCUCAACUUACAGUGGAAUAAAUCACACAGGGUCACAAUGCUCGGGAUCUGCUUGUGUUUGAGUGUUGCCGUCCGCUUUGCGGUGUCUCAGGAAGCCGAAGCUCAGGAGCCUGUCACAUACAUGUGCACUGAAGGUUAUGAAUUUGACUUUGAUAAACAAAGCUGUAAAGAUAUAGAUGAGUGCAAGACAGUGCAGGACGCCUGCAAAGGGGGCAUGAAAUGCGUCAACCACUUUGGAGGAUACCUCUGCUUACCCCACAACGCUCAGAUAAUUGUCAGUAACGGUGAGGAUGAGCCCACUACUGCCCCACCAGUGGAAAGAGAUGUUCAGCCCGGGAUAGCUCCCAAUUAUAGGGGCGAUUACUCAAGAGUCAUUCAAAGCGCAACACAUACAAUCCAGUGUGGUGUCGGUUUCAUGCCAGACUCUCAGAACUACUGCAGAGAUGUGAAUGAAUGUCUCACCGCAAACCCCUGCCAACAUCAGUGCUACAAUCUGAUUGGCUCUUACAUCUGCCAAUGUGAAGUUGGAUAUGAACUGGCUUCAGACUCUGUCUCCUGUCAAGAUAUCGAUGAGUGUGAAUUCUCAAAUUACAUGUGCCAGUUCCAGUGUGUGAAUCAACCUGGAGGAUACAGUUGUGUGUGUCCUGAGGGAUACCAGCUCCAAGGGACGCGGAUGUGCCAAGAUAUAAAUGAGUGUGAAACAGCACACAACUGCAGAGAAGAUGAAAUGUGUUGGAAUUACUAUGGAGGAUUCCGUUGCUAUCCCAGAAACCCCUGCCGUGAGCCAUAUGUGAAAACAGGCGAAGGUCGCUGUCGGUGCCAGUCACCAAGUGUUUGCCGGGGAAUACCACCUGUCAUUGUCUAUAAGUACAUGAGCAUCUUUUCUGAUCGCUCAGUGCCUGCGGAUAUCUUCCAGAUUCAAGCUACCAGUGUCUACCCCAAUAUGGUAAACACUUUCACGAUCAAAUCUGGCAAUGAGGGAGGAGAAUUCUAUCUGAGGCGCUCCAGUAAUGUAAGUGCCAUGUUGGUAAUGACUAAACCUUUGACUGGACCUAGAGAACAUGUUGUGGAUCUGGAGAUGGUCACUCAGAGUAAUGCCUUGAGCUACCGUUCCAGCUCACUGCUGAGACUCACCAUUAUAGUGGGUCCAUACCCUUUCUAAAUCAUCUAGUUUGACUGAAUCAGCACCUUGGUUUUAUGUUUGUACUGCAGCUUACUAUGUUUAAAAUGGUCAAAACAGCAUGGUCACCUGGUCUAGAUCAGUGGUUCUCAACUGGUUGGUUGCAACCCAAAAAUGGAUCAUAGAUGGAAACCGAUUCGAAAUCAUUUAAUUAAUAUUUGAAUAAAAUCAUUUGUUUAAUAAAUUUCAUGCUACUGUAUUUAGUCACCAAUUAAUGUCCAAUGUAAAAUGUGGGCCCUGAAGCAAAACCAGCUGAGAGCCACUGGUCUAGUUAGUUGCAUAUUUACUAGGUUUUAAACAGGAAUUGGUUUACUAAUCAUGAAAAGUAGGCUGUCUGGUUUAUUGAAUUUUUCAUUUUUGUACUUUGAAAAAUGAAAGACAAGGUCUGAGAGAGUGACAUGAAGACCAAGAAAUAUCUAAAAAACAACACAGCUGGAUAACAGAAGAAAACACAGUUGCUCAAGUUUCAUUCUGAAAAGCACUUAUAGGUUAUUCUUUUUCUUGGUAGAAAGAGGUUUGUGAGAUUCUGCUGCAUGGAUGCAUGUCUUUUAAUAGGAUAGUUCACCCAAAAAUGAAAAGUCUGUCAUCAUUUACUCACUUUUUGACUUUUCUUUUGUAGAACACAUAAGGUGAAGUUUAGCAGAGUGCCCCUUGUGCUUGUUUCCAUACAAUAUAUUCAAUAGGGACAGAAGAUGUUGAGCUCCAAAAAUGACAAAACAUACCAUAAAAGUAGUUCAUACAACUCUUCAGCUAUAUUGUGAGUCUUCUGAAAAGACCAAAAUGUACGUUAUACACUGAAAACAUUCCCUCCGCCACAGCUCUCAAAUCUUUCACACAUCUGCAUAUUCAAAUGGGUGUGCCACAAUUCGUUAUGAUAAAUGCAGCAUCCACAAACCAUAAAUUUUGGCAUGUUAGGGGCCAUUCACACAUUGAAAACACACAACAUGUGGGCAGUUGAAUGGGGGGAAAUCUAAGGUCUCAAAAUGCGAUUUUUAAAAGUUGAACUUAUUUUAACUUCAGCUCUGCAUUUUUAGAACACAGUUUAAAACACACAGGACAUGAGCUCAUUGGUCAAAGACGUCCAUGUAGCACGUUUUUAUAGAAGAACAAUGGAAAAGCAAUAUAGUCGAAUACAAAAACACAUUCUGUGUGAAUGGACCCCUUACUGACACAAAAUUAUUGUAUGGCUUCAAAACAUAGGCACAGAUUUAUAUUUCUACCGGUGGGUGCCCACACUCUGAAAGAAACGCAGCUUCUUCUUUUUUUUUUUUUUGGAAACAUGCAAGUGCAAGGCUUAUGCUAGUCCUAAAAUGCAUGUUUGAGCUGUUUCAACUGAAAGCAACUUGUACAGACAUAUCUUAAAAUAGGUCAUUGUUUUGUCUCAAGAUGCACACCAGUAAUGUGUUUUUCUAAGAUACUUAAAAGAUACUUAAAUGUCCUAAUUGAACUAAGGCCUAAUCCUGGUUUAGGCUAAGCCCUGUCUGUGAAACCGCGCCUUUAACAUGCUCCUUGCUCAAUACUUAAUUAUACUUAAUUUUUCAAGAGAAGGCCUACUGUAGGGGUGAGUAGUUUAAAUUUAAUUUAUUAAUUUAAUUUAAAGUUUCCUGAGUAGGGGUGUAACCCCAGUGUCCUGGCCAAAUUCCCUCCAUUUGCCCUUUCCAAUCAUGACCUUCAAAUAAUCCCCAUCCAUUGAAUUGGCUAUAUCAUUCUCUCUCCUCUCCACCUACAGCUGGUGUGUGUGGUGAGCGUGGUGCCGUUGUACUUUGGCUGCCGUUGCAUCAUCCAAGUGGAUGCUGCACACUGGUGGUGGUUGAAGAGAGACCCCGAUAUGAUUGGAAAGCGCUUUGGAUAGGGGUGUAACGAUACGCUCAGGUCACGAUACGAUACGUAUCUCGAUACGGAGUUCACGAUACGAUACGUAUCACGAUAUUUUGAACAAAAUGAAACUGAAAUUCAAACAAGAUUUAUUAAAAA